UUUUCGCAAGAAUUUCUAUAAAUAUUGGUAUGUCAUAGCUUCCAUUUUGAAAAGAGAAGCUACUCGAAAAGCACGUUAAACUGCUCUUCACACACUUUCUGGAUAAACGCGUCUGCUUGAGCGUCUCUUUUAGUGACUUUACACUUUGAACAGGCAAUAUUACAAACGAGCACGGUAUAUAAUUGUAUUAAAAAAAAAAAAAAAAAAAGAAAAUGCAAGGGACAAUCAUAGAAAACUUAAGCGGUAGAAAGCUCUUGGUACUUGUAAUAUUACUUGUUAUCGCACAAAUAGUUUGUUUUUUAAUAGGCGGGCUUAUUGCUCCAACUCCAGCUAGCAGUCAAAAUAUACUUGGUACACCUUGUAAGGAUAUUCGUAUAAAUGGCUCUGAACCAGGAGGAAACAAAUGGUUUUAUUCAAGAGGAAAAGGGAAAUGUAAUUCUGUUGAUAUGAAUCGAUUUAGUUUUGACAGUCAUCAUCAGGCAUAUCAAGUUGUUUACACAUUUCAGAUGCCUGUACCUCGAAAUAGCAUGCAACUUGAUUAUUCUAGAUGGCAACAAAAUUUGAUAGGUGUUUUGCAAGUGGAUAUUGUUUAUCACAGUCAGAUAGAAAUUGCUCCUAGGACUAAGAUAACAUUGGAUGCAAGACUUGCUUACAGAAACAAAGGAGAUCCGGAUGAUGCUUGGAAACCAUAUGCAGCCUCUGUAGUAGAAAGAAUUCUGGAUUGUAGCAUUGAUGAUGCAAUGGAACAGUAUAAUUAUAAUUGUAGUGUGGUACCAUUAUUUGAACUUGGAUCUCUAUUUCAUGAUUAUUAUCUUCUAAACAUUCGUCUUCCUGCUGACACUGAUAGAAACAUUAAUCAGGGUUUGGGACACAUAACUGAUUUAUGGCUCACAGCUAUCAAUCAAAAUGGUGGAUUUACAAAAGUAUGGGUCAGUUUAAAAACUAUUUAUUUUCCAAUUGUCCUGUGUGUCCUUAUUUGGUACUGGAGGAGAGUACACAUGCUUUCCAGAUCACCAGCUCUUUUAGAAUAUUUACUUUUAGCAUUGGGCAUAGCUCUAUUAUUUUUAAAUUUGCCUCUGGAAUAUUUAACACUUGCUUAUGAUAUGCCAUUUAUGCUUCUAUUGGGUGAUAUUAGACAAGGAGUGUUCUAUGCAAUUCUUUUAUCUUUUUGGCUUGUGUUUGCUGGAGAACAUCUUAUGAUACAGGAAGGUGAACAGAGAAAUUCUCUAAAAUGUUACUGGCGUCACCUUUCUGCAGUAGGAAUUGGAUGCCUAUCAUUAUUUGUAUUUGAUAUGUGUGAACGUGGAGUCCAAUUACGAAAUCCAUUCUAUUCAAUUUGGGUUACAGAUCUUGGGACUAAAUUUGCUUUAUCGUUUAUAAUUUUGGCCGGAGUAUCUGCUGGCGUGUAUUUAAUAUUUUUGGCUUAUAUGAUCUGGAAAGUAUUUAUGAAUAUUAGUGCAAAACGAGCUGCAUUACCUAGUAUGAGCUCGGCACGACGUUUACACUAUGAAGGUGUGAUAUAUCGAUUCAAAUUUUUGAUGAUCGCUACACUUUUAUGUGCAUCUUUAACAGUCGUUGGAUUUAUUCUUGGUCAGGUCGCGGAAGGGCAAUGGAAAUGGGAUGAAGAAUUACAUUUGGAAAUGACAUCAGCAUUUUUCACUGGUGUAUACGGAAUGUGGAAUAUUUACAUCAUAGCAUUAUUGUGUUUAUACGCACCAUCGCACAAACAGUGGCCUAUUGAACCAUCCGAAAAUAGUAUUAGCGAAGAAAUUGAAUUUUCACGUUUAUCUACUGAUCCUAACGAAAUGUUAUCUUUGACAGCAUUCGCACGAAAAGCAGCAGUAGAAUAAGUAGUACACAUUUUUUAUACAAAAUAGAGCAGUGAACACAAUUGACCAGUCAACACAAUUUUGUACUUAAACAUAGCCUUGGAAAGCUAUAAAUUACUUAAGGAAUUAAGGAUUUCUGAUAUUUAUAGAGAAUGCAAGGACUGAUAAUACAAGUAAUCUUUUGAUGCCAAAA